CUUGCGCAGAGCAGCUGCAUAGUCCAGGCAUGCUUUACAAGCUUACAAGUGUAUUUCAGCAGCCUGUAUAACACCGAGGUGCUCGCAGCGCAUGUCUCGUCACGGUCUCUGUUUCGUGUAUCAAGCGCGAGUGUGGUUGUGAGUUGUUGCAGUAUCAGGCACCUUGGUGGUUACAGCCCGGAAAAUGAUUUGCGACGGCAGACAGUGGCAGACACCUUGUGAGUUACAGACCUGCGAGAUACCUUGAUAACAAGGUCUGGGACCAGGUCACAGCCAACAUGUCUGCGGAACUAGCAAAUGUCACAUUAGCAGACGAUACAGUGAGUCUCGCACAAAAGAUCUGCUAUCUGAACGGUAUCGGCGGCGAAGGCAAUGAUUACGAUGGCCGCGAUGGUGUUCGAGUGUCUGCCGUUUUUGUGAUCCUUGCUACAUCAUCUUUCGCAACCUUCUUUCCAGUACUCGCUCGCCGCGUCCGUUGGUUCAGGAUUCCGCUCUAUGGCUACCUGUUUGCGCGCUACUUUGGUGCAGGAGUCAUUAUCGCUACGGCGUUCAUUCAUUUGAUGGAUCCAGCCUACAGCUCGAUCGGCCCUGGGACCUGCGUUGGUGUCACAAGCGGAUGGGAUUCUUACUCCUUUGUGCCAGCCAUCAUGCUCACCAGCGUGAUGCUCCUCUUCUUGUUGGACUUUGGGGCAAAGCUCUUUGUCGAGCAUAAGUAUGGGGUCGUUGAAGAUCAUGCGGUCCAUAACCCAGAAGCUCUCAUCACUUCACAGGCAGAUGGCACUCACACUCACAAUGGACACAUCCACGACGCACAUCACACGCCAGCUCCUACAAAGCUCAGCGUAUCGCACGAUAUGGAAUCAGAGCCAUCGCUCGAUAGCGACUUGGACGAGAAGACCAUCCAGCGUAGCUUCCACCAGCAAAUUGCUGCAUUCUACAUUCUGGAAUUCGGCGUCAUUUUCCACUCCGUGAUCAUUGGUCUCAAUCUGGCCGUUGCAGGCUGGGAGGACUUUAAGGUGCUCUACGUGGUCAUUGUCUUCCACCAGUCAUUCGAAGGUCUUGGUGUCGGUGCUCGGUUAUCUUCCAUUCCAUUCCCGAGACAUCUCUCUUGGCUUCCCUGGGCGCUCUGUGCUGCUUAUGGUCUGACUACACCGCUUUCUAUUGCUAUUGGCCUGGGCGUGCGAACCACUUACAACCCAGACUCCUUCACAGCUCAGAUUGUAUCGGGUGUGUUGGACGCUACCUCAGCAGGUAUCCUUCUCUACACGGGCCUCGUGGAGUUGCUGGCGGCAGACUUCUUGUUCAAUCCAGCACGCACGAAGAGCUUGAAGAGGCUUGGGUUCAUGGUUGCUUGUGUAUUUUUGGGCGCACUCCUCAUGGCACUACUAGGCAAAUGGGCAUGAGUGAAGCGUUUAGAUUAAUGUCAUCUUCGUAUAAUCUUCUGCGAACAAGUGACAGGACAAUUUGCAGGAAAGGUAUUCUGUUCUAUAAAGGUGUUUCAUGCUUCUCAACUCACAGCCCUGCUUCUACUUGACAUCUAGACCGUCUGAUCGCAUCAAUGUUGAAAUCCAACUUCCCUACACGACCGUCCGAAUCUUGAACACGUCUAAAGACGUUAGCACGUCGAUGGAUGGGCGAGUGCUGACUGAAUUUUAAUCUGAUCCAAUGUCGGCGCUUUCUGCAGUGGUCGACCAGGCUGCUGUCUCUUAUGGCACCUCUCCCGGAGCUGGCGCAACAUCUUGUUCAACCAC